AUUUAUUUAUUUAUUUAUUUUGAUAGAAAAUGUUUAAUUGAAUGAAUGAAUGAAUGAUAAUCGUUAGAAGAACAACAAGAUAGGCCACCGGUGAAGGGAUUCGAAGAAAAUGAUUCGGCGGUUAUUGUGUGUGCAGAAUCAGAGUGCGUCUUCUCCUUCUUCAUUGUUCUCUUCCACCAACAACAACAAGAAGAAAAAACCCGUUGUUCUCUUGGGGGCACCUCAGGUCUCCACUAUAGUCCUUGAUGCACUUUUAACCGCUUCUGCUUCUCCACAUUCUUCCUUUGAGGUUGCGGCUAUUGUGACUCAACCAGCAGCUAGAAGGGAUAGGGGAAAAAAACUUACGCUCUCUCCCUUGGCCAACUAUGCUCUUGAGAGGGGCUUCUCUUCUCAUCUUAUUUUCACUCCUCAACGUGCUGGAGACGAUACUUUCUUGUCAGAUUUAAAAGCUUUGCAACCCCAGCUAUGCAUUACGGCAGCUUAUGGCAAUAUAUUACCCACCAAGUUUCUAGAUAUUCCCACUUUCGGAACUGUCAACAUUCACCCUAGCCUUUUGCCAUUCUAUCGCGGUGCUGCUCCUGUUCAAAGAGCAUUGCAGGAUGGUGUUAAACAAACUGGAGUAUCCUUAGCAUUCACUGUUCGUGCACUCGAUGCUGGACCUAUCAUUGCCACUCAAACAAUUCAAGUUGAUGAUCAUAUCAAGGCACCUGAUUUGCUUGAGCUUCUGUUUCAUAAAGGAUCUAAACUUUUGAUUAGGGAACUUCCAUCCAUAUUUGAUGGAUCUGCAAGAGAGAAGGCACAACCCCAAGAUGAUUCUAAGGCUACACUGGCACCAAAGAUAGGUCCAGACGAAUCAUGGCUAUUCUUUGAUCAAGAAGCAUUUGUUCUCCAUAACAAGGUUCGUGCAUUUUCAGGGUGGCCAGGAUCUAGAGCGAAGAUUCUAGUAGUUGACAGAACUGGUCAGAAGAAAACUUUGGAGAUUAAAAUCAUAACCACUCGAGUUUGCACUCAUGAAAGUGUGCAGUUCAAUGAAGCAGAUGAUAUUGCAUUUGUCGAUGGUGCACUGGUGUUUCCAUGUGGAAGGGGCACCAUGCUUGAGGUAUUGGAACUUCAGCUUCCUGGAAAAAAGGUAGUUAAUGCAGCUGCUUUCUGGAAUGGCCUGCGGGGACAGAAGCUGAAGAAAUUAUGAGCAGUGGUUUAUCAUACAGAAAGCCAUAUUUUAAAUUAUCCUCCGGCUGUUUGGGCAAUCGAUUCUUUUUGUUUUGAAAUUAUUUGAGUUUUUCAUUUUCUAUUUUUUAUGAUUUCCGGAUAACUAUCAUGUUCGGAUUCUUUUAUGUCAGCACAUAUAUAAUAGAUAUAUGUUUUUUUUUUUUGAAACAUAUAAUAGAUAUAUGUUGGAAGUCAA